AUGCAAAAGGUUUUGGAGCGACCCUCCAAUCCAUCAAAUAUCCAGCCCCCUCCAAUCCCUCAAGCAUCCAAUCCUCCAAGUCUCCAAUCUCCCAAGCCUCCAGCCCUCCAAUCCCCCAAUGCUCCAAUCCCCAAGCCUCCAAUCCAUCAAGCCUCCAACCUCCAAGCCCCCAGCCCUCCAAUCCCUCAAUCCUCCAAUCUUCCAAGCUUCCAAUCCCCAAGCCCCCAGCCCUCCAAUCGCUCAAGCCUCCAAUCCUCCAAGCCUCCAAUCUCCCAAGCCUCCAGCCCUCCAAUCCCUCAAGCCUCCAACCCUCCAUUCUCCCAAGCCUCCAACCCUCCAAUCCCCCAAGCUCUCCAACCCUCCAAUCUUCCAAGCCUCCAAUCCAUCAAGCCUCCAACCCUCCAAUCCCCCAAGCCUCCAGCCCUCCAAUCCCUCAAGCCUCGAAUCCCCCAAGCAUCCAAUCUCCAAGCCUCCAGCCCUCCAAUCCCCCAUCCUCCAAUCUCCCAAGCCUCCAGCCCCCAAUCCCCAUCCUCCAAUCCCACAAGCCUCCAAUCUUCCAAGCCUCCAAGCCCUCCAAUCCCUCAAGCCUCCAAUCUCCCAAUCCUCAAAUCCCCCAAACCUCCAAACCUCUAA